AUUCGAGGACGGACCAAUGCGUCCCAAACAUCCGGCCACAACACUGGCAUUAACAUGUGAAGAUUGUUACUUCAUUUAUCUUGAGUGAACGUUCGUCAUUGUAAAUAUAUCAGUGGAUCGUUUAUUCAUAGUAACUGUGAUGAAGUGAACACAUGAUGUCGGGAAAAGGACAUUCUGCGACGGGAUCUGAUCGGUUUGAAUACCUGCAGACGCUUGUCACUGAGUUUCAGGACACCGACAGUGAUGAAGCGAAAGAGCAAGUGUUGGCCAACUUGGCCAACUUUGCCUAUGAUCCGAGGAACCUGGAGAACCUGAGAACCCUUCAGGUUACUGAUCUCUUCUUGGACAUGCUCACAGAGGAAAAUGAGAACUUUGUGGAGUUUGGGAUAGGGGGUCUAUGUAAUCUUAGUAUGGAUCGGGAAUGCCGUGACCAGAUCCUGCAGAGCGAAGCAAUCCCCUUGGUUACGGGAUGCCUGUCCAGCCGGCGGGAGGAGACGGUGCUAUCUGCCAUCACCACGCUCAUGAAUCUCACCACCGCUGCAUCACGCUCCCAAACCACCGACACCGCAGUGCUACAGUGCAUGCUGCGCUUCUCCAUCUCCCAGAGCCCACGCCUGCGUAACCUGGCCUCUGUGUUCCUCCAGGACUGCUGCACUGAGGAGCAGGUGGCCAGGGCAGAGGCACAGAUGCAGGGACACCAUCCUACAGCACUGGGGAUCCCCCUGCCUAAGGACUAGGCUAGUCUGGAGACAUGAUCGCUAGAUCUGAUGUCUGAUCUCUGAGAAAUGAACAGGGAAUCACAUACACUGAGUGUACAAAACAUUAAGAACACCUGCUCUUUCCAUGGCAUGGACUGACCAGAUGAAAGCUAUGAUCCCUUAUUGAUGUCACUUGUUAAGUCCACUACAAUCAGUGUAGAUGAAGGGGAGGAGAUGGGUUAAAGAAUGAUUUUUAAUCAUUGAGACAUGGAUUGUGUGCCGUUGAGGGUGAAUGGGCAAGGAAUAUAUUUGUGGCUUUGAAUGGGUUAUGGUAAUAGAUGCCCGGUGCACCGGUUUGUGUCAAGAACUGCAACGCUGAUGGAUUUUCACACUCAACCGUUGCCCGUGUGUAUCAAGAAUGGUCCACCACCCAAAGGAAAUCGACACAACUGUAGGAAGAAUUGGAGUCAACAUGGGCCAGCAUCCCUGUGGAAGGCUUUCGACACCUUGUAGAGUUCAUGCCCGGACGAAUUGAAGCUGUUCUGAGGGCAAAAUGGGGGGUACAACGCAAUAUUAGGAAGGUGUUCUUAAUGUUUUUUACACUGUGUAGGAGUGCACAAUGACUCGUGAUGGAAGACUUUAACAUACUUUCCAACUUAAAAUUGCUUUACACUUCAGUGCCACAUGAGGGAGGCAAUACCACUGCUAUGCUUAGCCGUUGAAAGCUGUGAUGUUAACUGGCUCGGUUGCUCUCACCUAUUGACUUAAGACUCAGUUGACUCUGUCAACUCACUUCAUCCCAGUUAGUCAUUGCCGAUUUAGAGAUGACAUAAGCUCUUAUGUCCCCUUUGACUGAAGUUACUCAGCACAUUAAAAGGGAUCGGCCAGAGAAAUUCACUGCAUAGAAUCACUGAUCUCCAAAUCCCAAAGUAUUCCAACAGCUACUCAAGAUUAGCCUCGUUACUGAUCCUCUGGAACGUGGGGGUUCUCUCAAUAUCACAGAUGCUGCAGCAUCACAAGGAUGGAAUCUGGUUUGGUCUGGUGGGCCACAUCCCAGCUGUGGUGGAGAAGAACGUGGUGUUAGGCUGGUCAGUCACAUUCCAGAGGAUCAGUAGCACGGCUAAUCUUGAGUUGGAAUACAUUUAGGAUUUUGAUAUCAGUGAUUCUGUGCAGUGCCUUGCUCAGGCUUAGUCCACCAAAGCUGGUCAAUAUUGAGCCAAAUCUCCAGCAGUCAUGUCUGCGACCCAUUACUAUGCUAUCCAGUGACAUCUUGACAUAUGGUCCCAAUAAAAAGUCUCUGCAUUCAGUAAACUCUAUUUUUCAUCAAACUCAAUGCAUUCCUUAGAUACACCCAUAUGUACAUUGGCAAGAAAAAGUAUGUGAACUCUUUGGGAAUUACCUGGAUUUCUGCAUAAAUUCGUCACCAAAUUUGAUCUUCAUCUUAGUCACAAUAAUAGACAGUGUGAUUAAACUAAUAACAAAUUGUAUUUUUCUUGUCUAUAUUGAGUACAUCAUUUAACAUUCAGUGUAGGUUGGAAAAAGUAUGUGAACCCCUAGGCUAAUGGCUUCUCCAAAAGCUAACUGGAGUCAGGAGUCAGCUAACCUGGAGUCAAAUCAAUGAGACGAGAUUGGAGAUGUUGGUUAGAGCUGCCUUGCCCUAUAAAAACUCACAGAAUUUGAGUUUGCCUUUCACAAGAAGCAUUGCCUGAUGUGAACCAUGCCUUGAACAAAAGAGAUCUCAGAAGACCUAAGAUUAACAAUUGUUGACUUGCAUAAAGCUGGAAAGGGUUACAAAAGUAUCUCUAAAAGCCUUGGUGUUCAUCAGUCCACGGUAAGACAAAUGGUCUAUAAGUGAAGAAAGUUCAGCACUGUUGCUACUCUCCCUAGGAGUGGCCGUCCUGCAAAGAUGACUGCAAGAGCACAGUGCAGAAUGCUCAAUGAGGUUAAGAAGAAUCCUAGAGUGUCAGCUAAAGACUUACAGAAAUCUCUGGAACAUGCUAACAUCUCUGUUGACGAGUCUACGAUACAUAAAACACUAAUAAACAAGAAUGGUGUUCAUGGGAAGACACCACGGAAGAAGCCACUGCUUUCCAAAAAAACAUUGCUGCGCGUCUGAGGUUCGCAAAAGAGCACCUGGCUGUUCCACAGCGCUUCUGGCAAAAUAUUCUGUGGACAGAUUAAACUAAAGUUGUGUUGUUUGGAAGGAACACACAACACUAUGUGUGGAGAAAAAAAGGCACAGCACAGCACACCAACAUCAAAACCUCAUCCCAACUGUAAAGUAUGAUGGAGGGAGCAUCAUGGUUUGGGGCUGCUUUGCUGCCUCGGGGCCUGAACAGCUUGCUAUCAUAGACGGAAAAAUGAAUUCCCAAGUUUAUCAAGACAUUUUGUAGGAGAAUGUAAGGCUAUCUGUCCGCCAAUUGAAGCUCAACAGAAGUUGGGUGAUGCAACAGGACAACGACCAAAAACGCAAGUAAAUCAACAACAGAAUUGCUUCAACAGAAGAAAAUACACCUUCUGGAGUGGCCCAGUCAGUCCUGACUUCAACCUGAUUUAAAAUGUUGUGGCAUGUCCGGUUCACACCAGACAUCCUAAGAAUAUUGCUGAACUGCAACAGUUUUGCAAAGAUGAAUGGUCCAAAAUUCCUCCUGACCGUUGUUCAGGUCUGAUCCGCAACUACAGAAAACGUUUGGUUGAGUUUGUUGCCAAAGGAGGGUCAACCAGUUAUUAAAUCCAAGGGUUCACAUACUUUUCCCACCCUACACUGAAUGUUUACACGGUGUGUUCAAUAAAGACAGACGUAUAA